ACACAUAGGGAGCGCUGAAACUCGAUUAUGGUUAUUAUGGUUGGAGUAUUGUUAUUGUGGCCUGUUAGUACCAACCGUUUUAUUUUGGGAAUAUUGACAGUAUUAUGAACUCUAUCUAUCUUCGUUGCUUUAAUCAUUGGUUUUUUUUAUUUACUUGUUUUUCAUAAACUGAUCCAUAAUGGCUAAUAUUGCUACGCAAAGGAUUCAACGUGAAUUAAAUGAAGUAGCCAAGUUUGACGAAGCUCAAAAGAAAGCCAUAUCCAUUGAAAUGGUUAACGGCAGUCUACUGGAUUUAAUAGGAAAGAUUACAGGACCUCCAGAUACUCCAUAUGAAGGAGGUAUUUUCAAUUUGGAAAUCAAAAUACCAUCAACUUACCCUUUUAAUCCUCCUAAGAUGAGAUUCACAACUAAGAUUUGGCACCCAAAUAUCUCUUCAGUCACUGGUGCUAUAUGUUUGGAUAUCCUGCAAGAUCAAUGGGCUGCUGCAUUGACUAUAAGAACUGUUUUACUUAGUUUACAGGCAUUACUAGCCGCUGCAGAGCCAGAUGAUCCCCAGGAUGCUGUCGUUGCUAAACAAUACAAGGAAAACCAUGAACUGUUCGUGCAAACGGCAAAACACUGGACUUCAGUUUAUGCUCGACCUGAAAAUGAUAAGGAAAAAUGGUCUAAUCAUGAUUUUGAUGCUAAAAUAGCUAAACUUCGUGAAGUUAUGGGAUGUGAUGAACAUCAAGCGCGUGUAGCCUUAUCGUCAAAUAAUUGGGAUCUUGAUAGAGCUACACAAUCAAUGCUUUAACUUGACCAACAGAAGUCUAGAAAUUGAAAAGAGCGCCAAGUAUGAAAAAAGACUUCAAACAAAAUCCGAAACAUCAAUUUUAUCUUCAGAUUAAAGCUGUAUUGGUCGUAUUUUACUCGAACAAUCAAUUUUUCCAAUUUAAUUCUGAACGUAAUUCCAUGUAAUUAUGUACGUUAAUAUUAUUUUCAAUAACAGUGAUUUUAAUAGUGCAAUCAUUACAUUGUAGUGACAAUUAUGUUUAGAGUGAAUCACGUCUGGCUGUUAAAAACAGCUGAUCAUGUAAAUAUCCAGCUUUUCAAAUCAAUGUUUUAUUUUAUUUUUUU